CUCCGCUCGUGCCGCCGGAAGUGGGAGGUGCCGUGCGCGGGCCGGCGCUCGACCCCUCCCCCCGUGGCUCGGCCGCCCCCUCCCCCCGCUCCGCCCGCUCAGAGCAUAAUGGCAGCAUCUGAGGUCGCUGGUGUUGUGGCCAAUGCCCCCAGUCCUCCGGAAUCUUCUAGUUUAUGUGCUUCCAAAUCAGACGAAGGCCUCCCAGAUGGUCUAAGCACUAAAGACUCUGCACAGAAGCAGAAGAACUCGCCUCUAUUGAGUGUAAGUAGCCAAACGAUAACCAAGGAGAAUAACAGAAAUGUCCACUUGGAGCACUCGGAGCCGAAUCCUGGUUCAUCAGCAGGUGACACUUCUGCAGCGCACCAGGCGGUUUUAGGAGAAAACUUGGUAGCCACAGCCCUUUGUCUUUCUGGCAGUGGGUCUCAGUCUGAUUUGAAGGACGUGGCCAGCACAGCAGGAGAGGAAGGAGGGGACACAAGCCUCCGGGAGAGCCUCCAUCCAGUCGCUCGGUCUCUUAAGGCAGGGUGCCAUACAAAGCAGCUUGCCUCCGGGAAUUGCUCUGAAGAGAAAUCCCCACAAGUCUCCAUCCUAAAGGAAGGCAGCAGGGACACGGGCUUGGAUUUCCGACCUGUAAUGCCUCCAGCAAAUGGGGUUGAAGGAGUCCGAGUGGAUCAGGAUGAUGAUCAAGAUAGCUCUUCCCUGAAGCUUUCUCAGAACAUUGCUGUACAGACUGAUUUUAAGACGGCUGAUUCAGAGGUAAACACAGAUCAAGAUAUUGAAAAGAAUUUGGAUAAAAUGAUGACAGAGAGAACCCUGUUGAAAGAGCGUUACCAGGAAGUCCUGGACAAACAGAGGCAAGUGGAGAAUCAGCUCCAAGUGCAGUUAAAGCAGCUUCAGCAAAGGAGAGAAGAAGAAAUGAAGAAUCACCAGGAGAUACUAAAGGCUAUUCAGGAUGUGACAAUAAAACGAGAAGAAACAAAGAAGAAGAUAGAGAAAGAAAAGAAGGAGUUUUUACAGAAGGAGCAGGAUCUGAAAGCUGAAAUUGAGAAGCUUUGUGAGAAGGGCAGAAGAGAGGUGUGGGAAAUGGAACUGGAUAGACUUAAGAAUCAGGAUGGUGAAAUAAAUAGGAACAUUAUGGAAGAGACUGAACGUGCCUGGAAGGCAGAGAUCUUAUCACUAGAAAGCCGGAAAGAGUUAUUGGUACUGAAACUAGAAGAAGCAGAAAAAGAGGCAGAAUUGCACCUUACUUACCUCAAGUCAACUCCCCCAACACUGGAGACAGUUCGUUCCAAGCAGGAGUGGGAGACGAGACUGAAUGGAGUUCGGAUAAUGAAAAAAAAUGUUCGUGACCAAUUUAAUAGUCAUAUCCAGUUAGUGAGGAAUGGAGCCAAGCUGAGCAGCCUUCCUCAAAUCCCUACUCCCACUUUACCUCCACCCCCAUCAGAGACAGACUUCAUGCUUCAGGUGUUUCAACCUAGUCCCUCUCUGGCUCCUCGAAUGCCCUUCUCCAUUGGGCAGGUCACAAUGCCCAUGGUUAUGCCCAGUGCAGAUCCCCGCUCCUUGUCUUUCCCAAUCCUGAACCCUGCCCUUUCCCAGCCCAGCCAGCCUUCCUCACCCCUUCCUGGCUCCCAUGGCAGAAACAGCCCUGGCUUGGGUUCCCUUGUCAGCCCCCACGGUCCACACAUGCCCCCUGCUGCCUCCAUCCCGCCUCCCCCAGGCUUGGGUGGUGUUAAGGCUUCUACUGAAACUCCCCGGCCACAACCAGUAGACAAACUGGAGAAGAUCCUGGAGAAGCUGUUGACUCGGUUCCCACAGUGCAAUAAGGCCCAGAUGACCAACAUUCUUCAGCAGAUCAAGACAGCACGUACCACCAUGGCAGGCCUGACCAUGGAGGAACUUAUCCAGUUGGUUGCUGCACGUUUGGCAGAACAUGAGCGGGUGGCAGCAAGCACUCAGCCACUUGGUCGCAUCCGGGCCUUGUUCCCUGCUCCACUGGCCCAAAUCAGUACCCCAAUGUUCUUGCCUUCUGCCCAAGUUUCAUAUCCUGGAAGGUCUUCACAUGCUCCAGCCACCUGUAAGCUGUGUCUAAUGUGCCAGAAACUCGUCCAGCCCAGUGAGCUGCAUCCAAUGGCGUGUACUCAUGUAUUGCACAAGGAGUGUAUCAAAUUCUGGGCCCAGACCAACACAAAUGACACUUGUCCCUUUUGUCCAACUCUUAAAUGACGGACCUGACUGGGGAGGAAGAAGAGGAGAAAUUGAUGUGAACAGGAAGUGCGGGUUCAAGAUUUCUAAAACUCUAUAUUUAUACAGUGACAUAUACUCAUGCCAUGUACAUUUUUAUUAUAUAGGUAAUGUGUGUAUAGAAAGUCUGUAUUCCAAUGUUCGUAAAUGAAAGUAUGUAUAUUAUGCAGAAACAGUCUGUUCCCCCUCAUCUUGCAAUUCCUUUGGGGGAUGCAGAUUGUAGGGAAGAUGAUGCUUAGUUUGACCUUGAAAUUAUGAUAUCCCUGCCCAGAGCUGUUUUCAAAUACAAUAUAAAAACCACCUAGGAAGCUGCUGUUGCUCUAAGGCCAUCCUGCUUUGGUUUGGCUCAGCCUCUCGUCCAUUUUCUUAAGGCUCAUGUAUGCAGAUUUGAAGCCUGGUGCUCACCCACUGUCCAACCAGAUGCCUUGCUUACCGAAAGCCUACAGAAGCCUCAGUAUUGUUUUAGCCACUCUACUCCAAAUGGAUAAAAUGAGACUCCGAUUGGGGGAAAAAAAGUAACCCUGGUAGUUUGACUUCUUACCGAAUAUUUUACUGUGUUAACACUCAUUAUUUAUACAGACAUUAGGUUUACAGAAUAUUCUGUUUUACAUCACCAAAAUUCACAGUCCGAGAAUAACAACAUAACCAGGUUCCAAUCCCUUCAUGCACCCCAGAAGCUCCUGUCCACCCUAUUUUCUGCAUAGAAAUUAGCAUGACCCACAGGUAAACCCCCUGGCUUGGUUCCUAAUCAAGCUCUGACAGGCCAACAUUGUGGAGUCCUAACCCUUUCCCAUUCACUUCUGGUCUCCUUGUCUAGCUAACUCCCUCCCCCCGAAGGUUAAGGCAGUUGGCUCACAACCAAGUUGUUUGGUGACCUUGGGUGAGCUCCAGACAGGCACUGGGGUGAGGAGAUGUCUGUGCAGAAUUACUUAUGGAAAGAUCUUGGGAUGCUGGAUUUUAAUUUUUAAAGCAAGAAGUUAUGGGGGACAUGUUUCCUGUCCUGGGAAAAAUGGAGACCAAAGUGAUAUUAAGAAAGUAGUUUGGAUUUCAAGUUUAUAAAUCACUUGUUCUGUGGGAAGCUAUCAGGAACUAGAUCAUUUUCCACCUCUGCUUAUUGUACUUCUUAAUUUUAGAUUUUAUACCUGGGAAAGCUGUGACUCUAUUAGAGCUUUGAAUCUUUUCCUGUCCUUUUAUCUUUACUCCUACAGGGAAUGGCUUCAGCUCCCUUCUCUUUUAGAAUUAAACAAGUAAAAACUAAGCAGUUUUUUUUGUUUUGUUUUGUU